UCACAUUUGAUCUCCAAUUGCACUGAAACCGCUCAUCAACGUUAAUGUUGUGUUCCACUUCGAAGCAGAAAUCCGGCGGUUCUAAAUGGCUAGACCGACUCCGAUCAUCCAAGGGCUUCCCACCCGGUGACUUCGUCAACCUCGAACACUUCUUGCUUCACCAUACUUCUACUUCGCUCAAUUCUCCCCCAAUUAACCCCGCUCGUCCGAGGUCGGAAGACAUCAGUUCCGAAUUCUGCUCGAAUGGAGCAGGAUCGGAGAAAGAACCAGUGCUUGAAGCUUCUGUCAACGGCGGAGGCACGAAAUUGGUCAAUGCUUUUAGUCAUGUCCUCUCCGAGCUUUUUAAUAUGGGAGAAUCGAGUAAUUAUGCAGCACAUAAAAUGGUGUCUCGGAAACAAUCGAACCCUAGGAUUUUCUCUGCUUUUACUUCGGCGGAAUUUAGUAAUGUUUCUGGCUCCACGGAUGAACGAGGGAAACUAAGAAUAGUGUCACCCAUCAGUGAUGAUCAGACUAGAGUAGAAAUGAAGAAACUGAACGGCCAGGUGAAGCUACUGGAGCAAGGGCAGGAUUUAGUGGUGAGUGAGGAGAAGAUGGAUGCAAAUUUAUUGGGAUAUUCCAGGUGUGAGGUUACUGUGAUUGACACGAGCUGCGAGCCAUGGAAAUUUGAUAAAUUGUUGUUCAGAAAGAAGACUGUAUGGAAGGUUUGUGACAAGAGAACAAAGACACUAUAUCUAGGCAAGAAGAAGAAGAGAGAGGUAAGCGCAGAAGAUAACAAUGUUGGCGGAAUGAAGAAGCAAAACGUUUCAAUUGGAGGAGAAAGUAAAUUUCUAAACCUUGAAGGACUUCAACCACUGGAUAAACUUGAAGAUGCUUGUUAAAAGAAGUCAAACACUGUUGGGUCUUCUCAGGAGAAGAACAGGGAUUUUGCACCAGAGAAAGCAAAGGUUGUUCUUAUUAAAGAGUAAAAAAAUUCCGAAGUAAGAAAAAAAACCUAGGUUUGCCAGCAACCUAGGUUGGAAUGGGCAUCCCCUGUCAUCGUCCACCCAAAGCUUUAGAUAUGAGGAUGAUGGCAGAAUAUGGUUUGCCAGCAGACGAACAGAACCUAGGUUUGUUAAAAAACCAUUUACUUUUAUUUUGUCGUAACAUUCAUAGUUACCUGGGAUUCGAUAUAUCGAUCAGAUCCAUACAAAAAUAUCUCCACUCCAAUUCAAUUUAUGUUUUUGCAAUGGUAAAACAAGAUUACUUCCCCAUCCAAC